AUGAACUUCUAUAGGGAUGCUACCUGGGUGCUUGAAUAUGUGGAAGAAGAGGAUAAAAAAGACAGGCUCUCAGGGUCGAUGCAAACGCUGGUUUUGAAGAGCUGUCAGAGAUUCAAGCUGAAGAGCGAUCCGAAGCAUUUGUAUGCUGUGCUGGACUCAUGCUGGAGAUAUAAACCAUAUUUGGAAACUAUUAUGCGAAAGUCGGAGAUUUACAGAGAUAUACCGAAGAAGAAAGGCAAACCGUUGUACUCCAAGCUGACAUUGUUACUUCUAUGCCACGAUUUGCUGGUUUCGAAGCAGAAAAGGAUACAGAUGGGGAAGUUACCGAUAAAGGAGUUUGUCCUGAAGCAUAAAGCUAGGUUGAAUAGCGAGUUGGUGAAGUUGAAAUUGAAGUUAGGUGUUAAAGAUUUAUCUGAGCUUGUUGAUAAGGAUGAGAUCGGCAACGAUGUGACGCCCGUUAGGUGGAUCCGGAUAAAUCCACUGCGAUGUGCCGACUAUGACACCACUAACGUCUUGGUGGAGUUGAAGAGGAAGUUCCCGAAUCGGGCAGAUCAUUGGGCGGAUAUUCAACCGGGAUCGCUCUACCACGAUGAGUUUAUUCCAAACCUGUUCGGAGUGCAUCCGAGGGACAAGAUCACAUCGCAUGAACUCUAUCGUCAGGGAAAAAUUAUCAUCCAGGACCGUGCCUCUUGCUUUCCGGCUCAUAUAUUGAAUCCGGGAAAGGAUGAUGUGGUUAUUGACGCCUGCGCUGCUCCGGGCAAUAAGACUACUCACAUUGCGGCUCAUUUGCAGCCCAGAGCAGGUAACGACCAGUCGCCAAGGAUAUAUGCCUUCGAGAAGGAACCUGCACGGGCAAAGGUGCUCAAGAAGAUGAUUAACGUGGCCGGCUGCAGCAGCUUUAUCGAAAUUAAUGUUGGCGACUUCACCAAACUUGCGAUUCCGGAGAAGUUCAAAGAUGUUACAGGUCUGGUUGUGGAUCCCAGUUGUUCAGGUAGCGGAAUAUUCGGUCGUAAGUCGGUUGAUAGCCAUAAUGUGGCUAAGAAGAAAGCAGAUGGCGAGCUUCAGGUGCCCGAGGAAGAGGAAAAGAUGGUCGAAGAUGAUGUCAAGGACCGUCUUAACAAGCUAGCGUCGUUCCAGUUCCAAGUUGUGAAGCAUGCUAUGAGCUUACCUAAGGCUCGCAAGAUCGUUUAUAGCACAUGCUCUGUGCAUGCAGAGGAGAACGAACAGGUGGUUAUCGACUUACUUCUCGACAAAAAGGUGCAACAGUGGGGUUGGAGAGUCGCUCCGAGGGACAAGGUGAUCCCGACCUGGCCAAGACGAGGUAUAGUCGAGGAAUUUGAGCAGGUAUUUAGAGAUGAUAGCGAAAAAUGUCAGCGGUUAGCGGAAGGCUGCAUCAGGGCUUUGCCACGCAAGGAUGGAGGUAUAGGUUUCUUUGCCGUCUGUUUCGAGAGAUAG